AUGAAGCUAUCAUUCAUAAUUUCAUUUCUUCUCACUAUAAUAAUUACUUGUGCGGAUGCACAACAAGUUUGUAAUGGAUACGCAGAACUUUGCAACAAACCUUAUUCCUCCGUAUCAUUUGUAGCAACACAUAAUUCUUAUGCUUACGGAACCGCUAUUGCGGCAAACCAAUAUUACAAUAUUUCAACUCAAUUAAAUGAUGGAGUUCGUGUUUUUCUUCUUGCCGUUCUUAAAAAUCCAGAUCCAACAAAAUCAGAUAUAGAACUUUGCCAUACUUCUUGUGAAUUAUUGGAUGCAGGAACUGUCGCGGAUACAUUAAAAAAUAUUACAACAUUUUUACAAAAUAACCCAAAUGAUAUUAUUACAAUUUUUUGGAGAAAUUUCUUCAGUAACCUUACAGCGGCUGUUUUCAAAACUGCUUUUGAUAAAGCUGGUUUAACUCAGUAUUGUUAUACUCAGCCACUAAAUUCAAGUUGGCCUACAAUGUCCAAAAUUAUAAGUUCAGGAAAACGUGUUAUUAACUUUCUUGAUUCAGGCGCUGACACUACUACUGUGCCAUGGUUAAUGCCGGAAUACUCAUAUGUAUUCGAAACGCCGUAUGAUAAUUCUAAUUCUAGUGCUUGGCAAUGUACGAUUGACCGUCCUAAAGACCAGCCUCGUCCAAUAUACCUGUUAAAUCAUUUUCUAUACACCGUCAUACCAUCAAGUUCAUUAGAAAUUGAACUUCCAACCAGAAUCACCGCAAAUUUAACAAAUAGUGUUAGCCUUCAAGCACAUGCUCAAAAUUGUACUAAUAUUUUUAAGAAAGCUCCAAAUUUUAUUGCAGUAGAUUUUUAUGAUCAAGGUAGUCCGAAUUUAAAUCCGUUUAGUAUUGUUGCUAAUUAUAAUGGUGUACAAUACACACCAAAAACUUAUGGUAACGGUAUCUUACCUAACGAUCUAUCAAAGCAAAAUA